AAAAGUGCACUUUUAGCCUUUUUUAUUAUAUUUUCUAAACCUUUUUUAUUUUGCAUUUCCUCGUCUCAAUUUAAUUUCUAAUUUCUAAUUUUUCAUAUUUAUAUUUCUUCAUUUCAUUUAAUUCCAUUCAAGUAUAAUCAUGAGCAAUGCAGAGCUUCCCAAAGAACUCGACCUAAUACUUUCUCACCGGUUCAAAGCCACACAGCACUGCGAAUAUCUGGUCCAAUGGUCCAGCGACCAAGCAAAAACUUGGGAGCCCUCAUCGAACCUCCAAGACUGCGCGCAAUGCCUGGCAACAUACUGGCGCAGUUUCGUGAUCAAAUCGCCAAACCACCCAUUUCUCCUCCCACUAACAGCAGCAACAGCGGCGGCAGCAGCAGCAGCAACCCCCCUGGCAACAGCCACCCGCAGUCCGGCGCGAAAACCCAAAGCCCUAGUGGCAAACCCAUCGAGAGCAAAGAAGGACGUUUCGGAGACCGAGGAGGAUCAGAUUGCAGUGGCGAAGCGCGUGCAGAUGAAUAAGCAGCUGAGAGGGGCGCGCGGCAGGGCUGGCGUGGCUCUGGCUGUAGCUGUGGCUGGGGGAAUUGCGGAUGUGGUGGAGAGUGGUGCGGCGGGGGAUGUGUCGGUGGGGUCGAUGCAGAAGCCUGGCGUUAGCGCGAGGGAGGAGAACGCCCCAAAGUACUCGAAGCCUCCGCCGCCGACCAGGCCCGCAUUGUGCAGCGAGCCAGGAAAUCUACCGGCGGGGGUGCCAGGCAUUCGCUGGGCGGCCCCCCCGCAGCCGCCCCCACCAAACAAUGAUUGAUAGAUCUUUUAAAAUUGAUUUUGAUUUAUUUUAUUUUAUUUUUUUGUCUGAUUUUCAUUGCUCUGUCGCCGUCACAGGCGGCAUAAAAACGUCUAUUCCUUAUUCUCAAC